AAGAAACUGGAUCACAACUCUCCAGAUUCAGCCACUCCAUAAUUGAACAAUAAACAUCUCAAAUAAGCACACAUCACCUUCACAGUGACUAUAAUUCUGUGAUUUUUUCAGGGAUUUGAUCAUCUACGAUGGCUGAUCAUCAAAAGGAGGAGGAUAAAAGGGAGGAAUCAUUGAUGGAGAAAUUAGCUGACAAAAAUCACGACAAUGAUUCAUCGUCAUCAGAUGAUGAGGACGAGAAGAAAUCGUCUAUUAAGUCGAAGGUUUAUCGCCUCUUCGGCAGAGAGAAACCUGUCCAUAAAGCCCUCGGCGGUGGCAAACUGGCUGAUGUGUUCCUAUGGAGAGACAAGAAGGUUUCGGCAGGAGUGCUUGGUGGGGCUACUGCUAUAUGGGUUCUAUUUGAUGUUCUCGAAUACAAUUUGCUCACUUUAGUGUGUCAUGGUUUGAUACUUGCUCUAGCAAUACUGUUCCUGUGGUCAAAUGCUUCCACCUUCAUCAAUAAGUCCCCACCUCGUAUCCCAGACGUAAAUAUCCCAGAGAAGCCUGUUUUGAAGUUUGCAUCUGCUUUGAGGAUCGAGAUAAACCGUGUGUUUUCGACACUGAGGGAAAUUGCAUCAGGAAGGGAUUUGAAGAAGUUUCUCUCCGUGAUUGCGGGUUUGGGGGUUUUGUCGAUUAUUGGGAGUUGCUGCGAUUUCUUGACGCUGGUGUACACAAUUACAGUGUUGCUGUGCACGGUUCCUGUCUUGUAUGAGAAAUACGAGGACAAGGUGGACUCUUUUGCUGAGAAGGCAAUGGUCAAGCUCAAGAAAAUGUACGCGGUGUUGGAUGAUAGAGUUUUAAGUAAGAUCCCGAGAGGACGACCAUCAAAAGACAAAAAAAGGUCUUGAGCAUAUGAUCUUGGAGGUUUAAAUUCGACCCUUAUGUAAUUAUCUCCUUGGCUUACGGGUUUAUCAUCGAACGAAUUUGGAAUGUAUAGCUCAUUGUUUGUGUUCUUGUGGAUUCAGUUUGAGUGAUUGUAUGUUUAUGUGGUUAUAUAUAAUUUGAUGCUCGAGUUAUUUUCUCAUAUUUAAUUCA